AUGGGGAGGCCUAUUGGUUUUCCGACUGAAUCUCCAAUUUAUCAGUAUGUAUUGAAGUAUGGCUUCCGAAAGCAUCCGGUGUUGCAACGCUUAUGUGACAAAUCAGCUGGCCAUCCAGAGGCAAUCAUGGCUGCAACAUCAGAUGAAGUUUCCAUGAUGCAGUUUUUAUUGCAAUUGAUUCAUGCAAAGAAGGUUUUAGAAGUCGGUGUGUUUACUGGAUACACUACACUUGGAAUGGCUCUUGCUUUGCCUAGUGAUGGUAAAGUAAUUGGCUUAGACAUCAGCAAGGAAUUUGUUGAUAUUGGCAGACCGUUUUGGAAGGAAGCUGGUGUUGAUGGUAAAAUCGAUAUAAGACUUGGACCAGCUGUUGAAAGCAUGGACCAAUUGCUUGGCGAUAAUGAAUCUGGUACCUUCGAUUUCAUAUUUAUCGAUGCAGAUAAAACCAAUUAUGUUGACUACUACGAAAAAUCACUGCAGUUAUUAAGAAAAGAUGGGAUGAUUGCUAUCGACAACACGCUAUGGCGAGGUUAUGUAGCCGAUGAGUCUAUUAACGAUGCCGAUACUACAAUGGUUCGUCAAUUAAAUAGUAUCAUCAAAGACGAUGAACGUGUUGAAUUUGUCAUGUUAACCGUAGCAGAUGGUGUAACUUUGGUUCGAAAAAAAUAG